UUUUGUAGUUGAUGGUUUGGGCAGGUGGUUGUGUGUUUGUAUGUGAUAAGUUUUUUUUUCCGAACAGUAGUGUUGUGGUUAAAGUGAUUGCUCUGUAUAACGGCGGCCUGCAGUAGUGAUGUUUUGACUGACCCAUAACUCAGCGGUCAAUGUCAUUGAGUGUUUGAAAACAAUAGAAAAAUGAAUAAAGCUAUAUGUUCAGCAGAAGUCAAAUGGCAAUUUGUAUCGUAGUCGUGUGAUGACAGUAUAUAAAUAUUUUUUGUGCGAAAUUUCAUGAAAUAUAAAAGCAGAAUGGAUGCGAAUUUGAGCAAAUUGAAUCACUUGCGCAUCAGUGACAAUACGAUUAGCGCCCCUCAAGAAAUUGACAGAAGCACUCAUAGGGUUGUGGCAUCGGAGUCUGGUUAUGGGCGUAUUGUGCCAAAGUCGGUCGACAGUCAAGGGAAGUCCCUGUCUAGUUCGGCAAUGUGUGGUGUUGGUGUUUCUGGAACGCCUGCCGGCUAUGAAGUGAUGACAUCGGGAUCAAGAUCUCUUCCUUCUAGUUCUGUGGCGUCGCCAAUUAAGAGUGCUGGACGUCACCAUGACGCUGGUAAACAACGUUCUGUCGGUGCCAUAGAAAGUUUUGUUGUUGAAGGCUCUGGGAAUACAAAUGUUAAGGCACAGCCAACAGACUAUAAAAUAUAUGAAAGAGGCAACAUCAUUGCAGCAUCAAAAUUUGCAACUCCAAAACAGGUUGAAACAAUAGCCUCACUCUCAGGUACCAAGACAGAAACUUCGGCUCCCAUGCGAACUCCCCAGAGUACUGAUAAUCCUCCAUCUGAUUCUUGCAAGUAUUAUGCCACUAAUAAAUUGACUAGUAGCCCAACCCAUAGUCAUAGUGGUUCCAGUAAAGAUUCACAACAGUCAAACAGCCCUCGCAGUAGCAUGGUAUGCCCUGGACAAGGAUUCGCUAAUGUGUCCACACCUUUGUAUGAAAAUUUGGAAUACUACACUUCUGGCCGGAAUGUGCCAGCAGGACCUUAUUACCAUCAGAUGUCUCCACACAUAGGAAGUUCUCAUUCCAGUUUUGGCUCUCAGGACUCGAAGCAUUCCAGCCCAAGGGCUAGUAUAGCAGAAGGUGUUUUACAGUAUGAAUCAAAUUACCGAAAAGCCCAACCCCAGGUUCCAACUGGUGGUAGGUAUGCUUCUCUUUCUGGAGUGUCAAAUAAGGAGUAUCCUCCCUAUGAAGCACCCCCAGUUUAUGAGAAUAUCCAAGACCUCAGUCUGUCAAACGCGCCCUCAUUAAGUAAAUCUGCUUUAAAUUAUGAACCAGCAAAGCCAGGGCCUCAAGUGGCAGUUUCUGCAGAUCAGAGAUUGCAUGGGAACCCUUCAACAAAACAUUCCUUGAACUUUGUUCCUCCUAUGACAGUUGCAAGGCCAGGAGCAACUAGUCCAGCAACAUCACAACCCGUUUCACCUAGAACGAACAAUCUCCCUCCACCACCACCAUACCCUGGUAGUGCAGCAUCCAAGGUGGGUGGUGCCAUGACCUCAAAUUCUCCAGCAGGUCAAUCGCAGCUAUCAAGUAAUGCCAAUGUUCCACCUUAUUCCAGCAAUUCAUCGGAGGGUUCUCAUAACAAUCGUGCCAAUAUUCCUUCUCGAAACUAUGGAAGUAAUGCUGCUAAUGCUCCACUAUCUUCAGGCGAAGCAAUACGUACUAUGUCACCAAACACAACGUAUGUCCCUGCAACAUCAAACAUUCCAUUAGGUGUUCCAUCAGCAUUGAAAUCUAAUUUGAAAAAUCAUACUGGAAAUUCUUAUUCUGCAACUAGUAAACCAAAUGUAAAUGGUAACGGUGAUUACGUUGUAAUGACUGGGAACAGUGGUCAGGUGGCACCAGUACAGCUUGCAACUAGUUAUCAGAGGGGCACGUCAUCUGGUGUUGCGAAUGCAGUAUAUGUCAGUAUGGGACCUUCACCACCAGCUGAAGUUCAGUCUUCAGGCCCACAGAAGCAGCAGAGUAAUUCACCAGCAACAAAUAAAACAAAACCGCUGAUGGGAAAGACACUUUUGCCUUACAGUGUCACACCACCACGACCAAUGGGUCCAACAGAAGCUGAGAAGAAAAUUGAAGAGUUGACACGCCAGUUAGAGGAAGAGAUGGAGAAACAAGAAGAAGAAGGGGAGUAUUUUGGUAUAUGUCACACAUGUGGUGAAAAAGUAACUGGAGCAGGCCAAGCAUGCCAAGCCAUGGGCAACCUGUACCAUACAAACUGUUUCAUUUGUUGCUCAUGUGGUCGUGCUCUUCGAGGGAAAGCAUUCUACAAUGUUCACGGACGUGUUUAUUGUGAAGAAGAUUACUUGUACUCGGGCUUCCAACAGACAGCUGAAAAAUGUGCUAUCUGUGGUCAUUUAAUAAUGGAGAUGAUCCUGCAGGCUAUGGGAAAAUCAUAUCAUCCUGGCUGCUUCAGAUGCUGCAUCUGCAAUGAGUGUUUGGAUGGUGUUCCAUUUACAGUGGAUGUUGAUAACAAGAUAUAUUGUGUUAAUGACUACCACAGGAUGUUUGCUCCCAAGUGUGCGGCAUGUGGGAAAGGAAUAACGCCUGUUGAGGGUACAGAAGAGACAGUAAGGGUUGUGUCUAUGGAUAAGGAUUUCCAUGUCGAUUGUUACAUAUGCGAGGAUUGUGGUAUGCAGCUUACAGAUGAGCCAGAUAAACGUUGUUACCCACUGGAUGGUCACUUGAUGUGCAAGUCGUGUCAUAUUCAGCGCUUAAGUCACCAACCAAGGCAACUUCAGGGAGUUCCAGCAAGUUAUCAGUAUCUGGGUUAAAGUACACACUGUGUACCCAUUUUAUGGAAUGUUGAUUUUACAUCCAAUUUCCUUCAGUCUGAUGCAGAAGAAAAGCACAGCUGCCCAGAUAUUUCACUGUACGAUAGCUACGUGGCUUGUAUAAGUGUUACACUUUUUGUGAAAAUAUGUUUAGUGUAAAACUUGGACAGAACCUGAGUCUAGAGUGCUCUAAAAAUGAAUUUUGUACCACUUUUUUUUAAAUUAUGUAACUCGUGCAUGCACGUGUGUGUGUUCAACUCCUAGUGUCAGAGAUUGUAUUGCACAAGGGAGGAUUAGUGAAGUUCCUCCAGUAAGUCAUACCAUUGGGUGACUUACAGCUCACUCUUUCAGACUACAAUAAAUUAUGCAUUAAACUACUA